AUGGACGACAAGCGGGUUUCAACUUUGGUCAAGAAGAAGAAGAAGAAGAACCAGAAAAAGAAAGCUAACAACGGGCCAGCGAAGAAGAAUGAGGUUGAGAACCAUCAGAACGGCAAUAUUCCUGAGGAGCCUGAAUUCGAUGAUCACAUGCCAUAUUCCACAAAUCACCAUGAAAAUGGAGGUUCUCCGGCCGAUGAUCAGAGGAUAGAUUUGAUUAUUAACGAUCCGGACAUCUUCGAAUCCCUGAGAGAAGGAGCAGCACCAAACCAAGCAAACCAUUUCUCCCGGUCUCCUUCCGGCCGGAGCGAAAGCCCCGAAAGAGCCAUGGACUCCCCGGAAUAUGAGAAUGGACCCCGCGAAGAGGAAGUGCUCGGCUCGGACGACGAGGAACAAGAAGAUCCAAAAGACUACCGCCGCGGCGGCUACCACCCCGUCAAUAUCGGCGACGUUUUCAACGGCCGAUACAAUGUCAUCCGAAAGCUUGGCUGGGGUCACUUUUCGACGGUAUGGCUGUGUUGGGACACGAUGGACACGCGAUUUGUGGCGCUGAAGAUUGUCAAGUCGGCCGAGCACUACACGGAAGCAGCUGUCGAUGAGAUAAAGCUUCUAACCGCCGUGCGAGAGGCCGAUCCUGAUGAUGAGCACAAGGAGCGAGUUGUCCAGAUGUUGGAUCAAUUUGACGUCCACGGCAUUAAUGGAAAGCACGUCUGCAUGGUUUUUGAGGUCCUCGGCUGCAACCUCCUGAAGAUGAUCAUCAGGUCAAGCUAUUCCGGACUCCCCCUCGAGCUUGUUCGCCGGAUUAUCAAGCAGGUGUUGGAAGGCCUGGCAUAUCUCCACGAUAAAUGUAGAAUUAUCCAUACCGACAUCAAACCCGAAAAUGUGUUGGUUACAAUGUCGAAAGAAGAGAUCAAAGUGAUGGCCCAACACGCUGUUGUCUCAAACAAAAUGAACUUCCGGUUGAGCGGCUCGGCUGUCAGUACAGCGCCUAAACACAUCCAAGAAAAGGCGGCGGGCGCCAUGACGAAGAACAAGAAAAAGAAGCUGCGCAAGAAGCGCAAGAAGCAACGCGAGUUGCUGGAACAACAGCUGGCCAAUGUUGAGGGAUUGGCGGUAGAUGCGAGCGCUGUUCAUCAUGUCAUACAAACGACGCACCAGCAUCAAGGCAGCUCUAAGGAAGGAUUGGCCUCGCCAAAGAUGGAUGAUGGUAGCAGUGAUGAUGUUGAUGAUAAUGCGAAUGGCGACUCAUUCUCUCCGCAAUCGCCUAGGGAUGAUUAUGAUGGUGUUCCGCCAGAUGUCCUUGAUGCCGUGAAAGCUGCACAAGCUGCGCGUGAUGCGGGACUACCGCCUCCGCUCCUUCCCAAGCCGCCAGUCGGCCCGGAUAUUUUUGAUCCAAAUUGCCAGAUUGACGUUAAGUUGGCAGAUCUCGGAAAUGCAUGCUGGGUUCAUCACCAUUUCACCGAAGAUAUUCAAACACGACAAUAUCGCUCCCUCGAGGUGCUGAUCGGCGCCGGAUACGGUCCCCCAGCUGACAUCUGGAGCACAGCGUGCAUGGCCUUCGAAUUGGCCACCGGAGACUACCUGUUCGAGCCCCACCAGGGUGACACCUACACACGGGAUGAGGACCAUCUGGCCCACGUCAUCGAGCUGCUCGGCAGUAUUCCGGCGAAUAUCUACAAGAGAGGCAAAUAUUGGAAGGAUUUCUUCACGAAGCAAGGCCGACUUCAACACAUUACUCAGCUAAAACCCUGGUCGCUAGUCGAGGUGUUGACCCAGAAGUACGAGUGGCCAUUCGAGCAGGCCCGGCAAUUUGCAUCUUUCCUGUUGCCGAUGCUUGCUUUCGAUGAAGCGGAGAGGGCGACUGCUCAGCAUUGUCUGCUACACGACUGGUUGAAGCCGUACGGUGGAAAAGGGGCGAAUGGAUCGCCGUCCACCACGACAUUGGACGACGGCUAUGAACCUGAUGACAUGAACAUCGACGAACCAGCCCCA